CUUUGUGUUGUUGGUGCCGUGGCUCUCCCGGUACCCGGUUCCCGACGGGGGUUGGGACUCGAUUUCCGACGGGGGUUGGGACCCGGUUCCCGACGGCGUUUGGGACCCGGUUCCUCGGGGUCCGGGGCUCGGGAGAGAGCGGAGGCGGCGGCGGCGGCUUCCUUUGGAGGGGAAAGAGCCCAGAAAAUUGGAUUGGUCAACAACCACUCAGCCCUUCUUGGCACCACUGAGACCCAGAAGCCUGAUCCUGAAGCCUGACCGUACAUCUGAAACCUUCCUCAUUCGCCGCACACGUCAUGCACGAGAGAUUUUAAAAUAAAAUCCGAACGUAAUUUUUUUAUAUUUAAAAAACAAAGUUUCCGUCAGAGCUUCAGCGACGAGGAGCUCGCACAUUGGAUGGAUGCGUCUGCUCCGAUACUGAUGAGUGCGACAGAGGGCCUGCGAUGGGCGGCCAGGGCGCAACAUAGCGAUUGCGCGCGUGGGCCUGCCCUGCACGCACAUCCCUAGCCCAGAGGCCUCCCAGCGCCACCCCGGGGUCGCAGUAUAAACGACGACGCGUGCUGCACAGCACCAGCACAUGCCCCCAAAGUGUUUUUUACUUAAAUUCUCAGAAACGUCCGUGGCUGAACGAAACGUCAAUUUCCUUGCGCAGAAUUUACACUUAUUUACAUCACUCUGCCGAGUUCAAAUUGCAGUUGCCCCUUGUUUACGACACUUAACCUAAAAAAUUCCCAGUAAACACCCCCCGCGAAAGAACCACCUACCAUCACUAAUACCAUCAGAACUCCAAUCGCCAUCACCAGCACCAUCACCCCCACGUGUCUGUCGGUGUUCUUGGCUCGCUGGCUCGGCGUCUCGCGCAUGGUGACGCAGACCGUGACCUCCCCCGCGCUGCCGCUUCCUCCUUGCACCGGCCCCACCGUGCCCUCCGCCGCGUUCCGGCCGUCGCGUGCCAACGCGGCCAUGGAGGCCGUGUGUUUGGAGGAGCCCCUGGACUUGAAGCUGGGCACCGGGAGAGCAGCGUUGGCAGUGGCGGGGGCCGGCGAUGACUGCGGACGUCGCUCUCUGUCCAAGAGCCGAGCGGCGGUGGCGGCGGCCGCUCAGCAAUAUUACGAUUACGCUGCGCGUGAGCGCGGAGGGCUUGUGCUCAAGAUGGCAGACGACGGGACGGCCCUCAUCACUUCCUUGCCCACGCUCACCCCCACAGAUCUGCUGGAGCAGGCCCAGGAGAGACUGGGCCUGGACGAGUCUACAAGCCUGGGCAUCGCUUUGCACCGCGCCGCUCUGCUCGCCAAAAAGGAAGCGAACAUGAGGUGGGAUAGCCUGGUUCUGCCGCUGGGCCCAGAUGACACAGAUUUCUCGGGGCCGCUGACUUGCCAUUGGAAACGAUGCCAGCAGGUGUUCGACUCGCAGCAGGAGCUGGUGGAGCACGUGCACGACGCUCACGUGCGCGCCGAUCGCGAGGUCGGAUACUGCUGCCACUGGGAGGGCUGCGCGCGCAUGGGGAGGGGAUUCAACGCGAGGUACAAGAUGCUGAUCCACGUGCGCACGCACACCAACGAGAAGCCGCACCAGUGCCCCAUCUGCAACAAGAGUUUCUCGCGCCUCGAAAACCUCAAGAUCCACGGCCGCUCGCACACGGGUGAGAAACCGUACGCGUGCCCAUAUCAGGGCUGCAGCAAGCGCUACUCCAACUCUAGCGACCGCUUCAAGCACACGCGCACGCACUACGUGGACAAGCCGUACGCCUGCAAGACGCCUGGGUGCCUCAAGCGCUACACAGACCCCAGCUCGCUGCGCAAGCACGUCAAGGCACACGGCCACCAACACGGGCCGUCGCCCGACGCUCCGAUGUCCGGCGGCUGCCCCCUCUCCUCCUCGUCCUCCUCGUCCUCCACCACCACCCUCCCCUCUCCACCCCCGGUGCUGCUGCCGGGCUCGCCGCUGACGCUGCCGCUGGAUCUGAGCGCCGUCACGGCCCCGUUCGCCCUCGGCUCGCCCGUGGUCAACCUGAGCAAGGCGGCCAUCAUGGCGUCGCUGCUGUCCGCGAUCACGCUGGUGCCGCCCACGCUGCUGCCGACGCCGUCCUCCUGCUCGUUCUCGUCCUCGUCAUCUCCCGAUGGUGCGACCCCCGCGCUGGAGGCGCAGUCGCCCACGCGGACUUACCCGCUCAUCGCCCCCUGCCUCGGCAGCAAGAUGUCGCUCUCGUCACUGGGACGGGGUCUCGGAAGUAUCGGCGGCGGCGGCGGCGGCGGAGCUUUCGGCCGUGCGGCCGGAGUUCUGGACGCCGACUUCCUGCUGGGCUCGCCGAUGGCCGGCGGGCUGCUGGCCGGGCUCGGGGCCCUGCCCCGGCUCUCGGCGGAGGCGGUGGCGGCGCAACCGCUGCCGUCCCCGCCGCCUGCGUGGCUGCUCAUCUCCCCCGGGCCACUACUGAUGAGGCCCACGGCCAUCCACACGGAGUGACCACUGCCGCCACAGCCGCCACCCCCAUGACGCCGUAUGCUGCCGUAACGCGAUUUUAAAGGAAGACGCCACAACCCAAUAAAACAACGUCGUCAUCGUCAUCUUCACCACGUAAUAUUUAUACCGCACCUCCCAUGCAGUACAUGUGGAUGCGCUCUGUGGCAGAAUGCAGUUCUGGCCUGUGAGUGGACAUGAGUCUGCCAGGAGUGGGUGAUGUUGCUUUGUUGUUUCCAAAUUAAGUAAUUUACGAGUCAUUUGUCAAUUUUGGCAAAUUUGGACCAAGACGCUGGCACACAAGGCCUACUCCUCUCUUUCACAGUACGUGACGUCAUCUUUAAUGUCCGCUGUGAAUCAGACGGCACUUAUCUUUAUUGGUAUUACACCCACAGUAUUAACUAUGGCGGUCACUGGCCCUCGAACCUUGCGAACCUUUGCAACAAGCGGCAAAUGCGCCACCGCCUGCUCGUGCAGGGUGUUCCAUUCAUACAUACCCCGAAAAACACUUAUUACAUAUUUUUUACGCUCGUCUCUCUAAGAUAUCGCUUUUACAAUAUUCAAUCACCUGUUGAGAAGAAGAAAGGGUGGUCAUUAGAAAUCAGUGGGGUAUCUAUAAAAGUAUUUCAAUCGAGGCUGGCAACAGGGCGAUGCGGUUGCGGAAGAGCUCCAAUAGAUGGGACCCCCAAGCUGAAUUGAGAAUCUCUGCAUCACUUCCAGGGCUGGUAGCGGUUCCUGAGCACCCCUGGGAGCUUCUCUCCUCAACAGGCAAUUCAUACCGUGCCAAGUGCUGUUUACAUCUAUAAGUUAUGAACCAACCGCUGUGUGUUCCGCCUGGCUGUCCGAUGAGACGGUACAAGUGGGAAGCUUCGUCGAUGAGAAAAUUCUAAUAAUGGCCAGGCAUUCCGCCGCGGCGCUCGAGUGACCUCGCUACUUUGCCGUAUUUGACAUGGUUUGGCGAUGCCACAGUGACGUCUGCCCAACCGUAACUUUAAACUUCUUCUUGGUUCUUUCGGUAAAGU